CAGCAGAGGCGGGAGAAGGAGCUGCGGAAGCAGCAGGAGCGGGAGCAGCGGCGGCACUACGAGGAAGUGAUGGAUGCCCCAGUCUCUUUGGGCAGGGAUGGAGGGCGCCCGGAGUACAUCAGGCGACAGUUAGAGGAGGAGCAGAGACAGUUAGAGAUCCUGCAGCAGCAGUUGUUGCAGGAGCAAGCACUACUUCUGGAGUAUAAGCGCAAGCAGCUGGAGGAGCAGCGGCAAGCGGAGAGGCUGCAGGAGCGGGACUACCUGGUCCCCCUGCAGCAGCAGCAGCAGCAGCAGCGGCAGGACCAGAGGCCGGCAGAGAAGAAACCUCUCUACCAUUACAAAGAAGGGAUAAAUGCCAGCGAGAAACCAGCGUGGGCCAAGGAGGUGGAGGAGCGCUCCCGGCUCAAUCGCCAGAGCUCGCCGGCCAUGCCCCAUAAGGUGGCCAACAGGAUUUCUGACCCCAACCUGCCUCCUCGGUCGGAGUCUUUCAGCAUUAGCGGUGUGCAGCCGGCCCGGACCCCACCCCUGCUCCGACCCGUGGACCCGCAGAUUCCACAUCUGGUCACUGUGAAAUCCCAAGGAAGCUCCUUGUCUGGGUCUCAGUCACUGCAUGAACAGCCUGCAAAGGGACUGGCUGGGUUUCAGGAGGCUCUGACGGUGACCUCUCACCGCACUGAGAUGCCAAGGCAGAACUCGGACCCCACCUCAGAAAACCCUCCUCUGCCCCCUCGCAUUGAAAAGUUUGACCGAAGUUCUUGGUUACGGCAGGAGGAAGACAUUCCACCAAAGGUGCCUCAGCGAACCACUUCCAUAUCCCCUGCUCUGGCGAGGAAGAACUCCCCAGGGAAUGGCAGCGCCCUGGGGCCCCGGCUGGGCUCCCAGCCCAUUCGGGCAAGCAACCCGGACCUGAGGAGGACGGAGCCCAUCGUGGAGAGCCCGCUGCAGAGGACCAGCAGCGGCAGCUCCUCCAGCUCCAGCACUCCCAGCUCCCAGCCCAGCUCCCAGGGCGGCUCCCAGCCCGGCUCCCAGGCUGGCUCCAGCGAGCGCAACAGAGUCAGAGGGAACGCCAAGCCCGAAGGGUCCCCUGUGCUCUCCCACGAGCCCGCCAAGGUAAAGCAGGAAGACAACAGGGAUGUGACGCGACCGAGCCGACCCGCUAGCUAUAAGAAAGCUAUAGAUGAGGAUCUGACGGCCUUAGCCAAAGAGUUGAGGGAGCUGCGCAUCGAAGAAACCAAUCGUCCCCUGAAGAAGGUGACGGACUACUCCUCCUCCAGCGAGGAGUCAGAAAGCAGCGAGGAGGAGGAGGAGGAUGGGGAAAACGAGACGCAUGAUGGGACCGUGCCUGUCAGUGACAUCCCACGGCUUAUACCAACAGGAAUUCCUGGAAGCAAUGAGCCGUACAACCUGGGAAUGGUGACAACCCACGGGCUAGAGACUUCCCAUGCAGAUACGUUUAGCAAUAUUUCAAGGGAAGGGACUUUAAUGGUGAGGGAGACCUCUGGUGAAAAAAAGCGUUCUGGCCACGCAGCCAGCAAUGGCUUUGCAGGUCACAUCAAUCUACCUGACCUGGUGCAGCAAAGCCACUCGCCAGCGGGCACGCCGACCGAGGCCCUGGGGCGAGUCUCCACGCAUGCGCAGGACAUGGACUCGGUGCCUGAAUAUGGUAUGGGAAGUAGCACCAAAGCCUCUUUCACCCCCUUUGUGGACACCAGAGUGUAUCAGACCUCGCCUACUGAUGAAGAUGAAGAUGAAGACGAAGAGUCAUCUGCUACUGCCCUGUUCACCAGCGAGCUGCUCAGACAGGAGCAGGCCAAGCUGAACGAAGCCCGGAAGAUCUCGGUGGUGAACGUCAACCCCACCAACAUCCGUCCUCACAGCGACACUCCAGAGAUCCGGAAAUACAAGAAGCGCUUCAACUCGGAGAUACUCUGUGCUGCUUUAUGGGGUGUGAAUCUGCUGGUGGGCACAGAAAAUGGCCUGAUGCUGCUGGAUCGAAGCGGACAAGGGAAGGUCUACAACCUGAUCAACAGACGGCGAUUUCAACAGAUGGACGUACUCGAGGGUCUUAACGUCCUCGUGACAAUAUCAGGAAAGAAGAACAAGCUGCGCGUGUACUAUCUCUCCUGGCUGAGAAACAGGAUUUUACACAAUGACCCUGAAGUGGAGAAAAAGCAGGGCUGGAUCACCGUUGGGGACCUGGAGGGAUGCAUCCACUACAAAGUCGUGAAAUAUGAAAGAAUCAAGUUCUUGGUGAUUGCCUUAAAGAAUGCUGUAGAGAUCUACGCUUGGGCUCCUAAACCAUAUCACAAGUUUAUGGCAUUUAAGUCUUUUGCAGAUCUCCAGCACAAGCCGUUGCUCGUGGAUCUCACUGUAGAAGAGGGUCAGAGACUGAAGGUUAUCUUUGGAUCACACACUGGUUUUCAUGUGAUUGAUGUAGAUUCUGGGAACUCUUAUGAUAUCUACAUACCAUCUCACAUUCAGGGCAAUAUUACUCCUCACGCCAUUGUCAUCCUGCCUAAAACAGACGGGAUGGAGAUGCUUGUGUGCUAUGAGGAUGAAGGCGUAUAUGUGAACACCUAUGGACGGAUAACUAAAGAUGUGGUGCUCCAGUGGGGAGAAAUGCCUACUUCUGUGGCCUACAUUCAUUCCAAUCAAAUAAUGGGCUGGGGAGAGAAAGCUAUUGAAAUCCGGUCAGUGGAGACGGGACAUUUGGAUGGAGUAUUUAUGCACAAGCGAGCUCAAAGGUUAAAGUUUCUAUGUGAAAGAAAUGAUAAGGUAUUUUUUGCUUCGGUGAGAUCCGGAGGAAGCAGCCAAGUGUUUUUCAUGACCCUCAACAGAAACUCCAUGAUGAACUGGUAACAGAGGAGCACUUGGCGCUCACCGCCAUGGCAUUAUUUCUAAUUUAAAGGACAUUAAACACGUGGACUAACACUGU